AUGAGCGACCACAAGUACAAAAUCCACGUCCCAGCGACCUCCGCCAACAUCGGCCCCGGUUUCGACGUCUGCGGCAUCGCCCUCUCGCGCUCUCUUUCGCUUGUCGUCACCAUCCCCGCGCCUUCUUCCGAGCUCGAGCCGUUACCCAAAAUCGUCUACACCGGCCUCGACUCUGAGAACGUCCCUCUUUCUCCUUUCAAAAACCUCUUGACCCGUGUCGCCCUCUAUGUGCUUAGGGCGAAUGGGAAGUCGGCCUUCCCCCCUGGUGUCACUAUCGAAGCGCACAACGAGAUCCCCUUUGGCCGUGGACUCGGGUCUUCCGGCGCUGCCGUCAUCGCCGGUGUCCUCCUCGGCGACUUGCUGGGCGAGUUGAAUCUGCCCAAAGCGAGAUUACUCGACUUUGCGCUCAUGGUCGAGCGUCAUCCCGAUAACGUCACAGCUGCCCUCGUCGGUGGGUUUGUCGGGUCGUACCUUCGUGAACUGUCGCCGGAAGACAUGUCGGCGGCUUCGAUUCCGCUGGCAGAAGUACUGCCAGAGUUCCCGCCGGAUGCGGGACCUCAAUGGGGCAAGAACCCGCCUCAACCGCCGAAUGGUAUUGGGCACUAUGUGCGGUUUGGGUGGGCAAAGGAGAUCAAGGCGAUUGCUGUGAGCCCGAGGUUUGAGCUGGCGACGGCCAAGGCGAGGGGUGUGUUGCCGGAAUCGUAUUCCAAGAAGGAUUUGAUCUUCAACUUGCAACGGUUGGCGGUUCUUACGACUGCUUUGGCGCGUUCACCGCCUGAUCCUGAUCUUAUCUACGAUGCCAUGGGCGACCGUGUACACCAACCCUACCGCAUGAACCUCAUCCCCGGCCUUCCCAAAAUCCUGUCCACCCUCACCCCCACAUCCCACCCCGGCCUCCUCGGUAUCUGCCUCUCAGGCGCCGGCCCCACCAUCCUCGCACUCGCCACCCACAACUUUGACGCCAUCGCGCAAGAGAUUGAGAGCAUCUUUGGGGCGGAGAAUGUAAAGGUUGAUUGGAAGGUGUUGGAUAUUGAUGAGAGGGGGAGUUAUGUUGAGGAGAUCAAGGCGUAG